CCCUGCCAGCACCGUCCCCGUCCUCGGCCCUGUCCCUUGCCAUGGCCCUGGCACUGCCGCUGCUCCUCGCCCUGCUCGGGACCACCCCAGGUCCCCCUGGCCGGGUGCUGACAGUGGCCACAGGUUUGGGGGCGCCGGGGGGGGGCUGUGGGGUGCCCCCCUCUGCCUGGUGCCAGGACUGGGUGACGGCGCUGCGCUGUGGGGCCCUGGGGCGCUGCCCCCACCUCACCCAGGGACCCCCUGACAUGGACACCUGUGCCAUGUGCCAGAUGGUCAUGGACUUCCUCCGCCAAAUCUCCAACCAAUCGGCCUUGGAGGUGGUGCUAGAUAAGGUGGUGGGGCUUGUGUGCCCCCAUCUCCCUUUUGUGGAGACCCUGUGCAAGAACCUGGCUCAGUGGCUUGUCCAUCACCUCCUCCUGGACAUCCAGCACCUUAAGCCCCAGGAGGUCUGUGCCAAGCUGAAGCUGUGUCCUGGAGAACCUGGGGCCGCGCUGGCCAUGCCCGUCCUUGAGGUGCCCAGCAGCCACCUGCAGCAGGGCUCCGGGCUGUCCCCGAAGGCGCUGCCGCUGCCGCUGCCGCUGUGCUGGCUGUGCCGCUCGCUGGUGGCGCGGGCCGAGGCCGCUGUUCCUGUGGGCUCGGUGGCCACGGCGGUGGCCGGGCUGUGCCGGGCACUGCCGCUGCCGGUGGCCGGGGCUUGUCAGUGCCUGGCCGAGCGCUACGCGGCCCUGGCGCUCGAGGGGCUGCUGGGCCGCCUGGGCCCCCGCCUGCUCUGCCGCCUGUUCCUCGCCUGCCACAGUGGGGACAACGGGGACAACGAGCACGUGGGGACGCUGCCGCCGCCCUGGGUGCUGGAGGCCAUCGUGGUGCGGCUGGCAGAGUGUGUCAGGGAGGAGGAGCCCAAAGGUGAUGGUGUCCCUGCACUGUCCCUGCCCCUGGGCCCCUGUGCCUUGGGCCCCAUCUUCUGGUGCUCGGGCCCGGAGGCCGCCCAGCGCUGCCAGGCCCUGCAGCACUGCCAGGAGCACGUCUGGCUGUAGGGGGACACCAGGACCCCCCGCUUUCCCCAAUAAAGCUUGCAUGCAGCUCUG